UGUCCUUUUGUUCAUAAAUGAUCGAAAAGAAACCAACAUGAUGAUGUUUAAGAUUUCACUUGCAAUUGUUUGUGUCAUAGGCGUAGCAUUGUUCCAUGUCUCCCUUGCCCAAAACUCACCACAAGACUACCUUAAUGCUCACAACGCGGCUCGUGCACAGGUGGGUGUUGGACCUAUGAGAUGGGAUGCAAAGGUUGCUUCUUAUGCCCAAAAUUAUGUCAACAAGCUCAAAGGCAGCUGCAAACUCGUUCAUUCAGGUGGGCCUUACGGGGAGAACCUUGCUUGGGGGAGUGGCGACCUUUCCGGCACAGCUUCUGUAAACAUGUGGGUAGCGGAGAAAUCCAAGUAUAACUAUAAUUCCAACUCAUGUGUCGGCGGAGAGUGCCGCCACUAUACUCAAGUGGUUUGGAGCAACUCAGUGCGCUUAGGGUGUGCCAAAGUGCGGUGCAACAGCGGCGGCACUAUUAUCAGCUGUAACUACGAUCCACCAGGCAACUAUGUCAAUCAGCGUCCCUAUCUGAGAGUUCUUCAACAACCUCUAGGCAUCUUCUAUAACCUGUAGAGUGCUGUAAAAUGAUCCAAAAGAAGUGCAUAUAAAGAGAAUAAAACGAGAGGGAUAUAUAUCGUUGCAUGCCCAAUGAAUAAAUUUAUUAUAGCUUGCUAGCUAUUUAUAACGUCA